UGUGUUUUUAUUUAAUCGAUUUUAGAAUGAGGCGUAACAAGAUGUGGGAAGGGGUCUGAAUACUUUCUGAAUGCACUGUAUGGUGAUGGGAAUAUGGAUUGUUUUAAUUUUGUAAUAAAAACUAUAAAAGGAAACAUUUGUGUUGGUUGUUGUAGAACUCUGGACCUAAAGGGUCCUAUAUAGUAAGCUACUGGUGGAGACUUUGUUAAACAUUUCCCCUAGCAUUUAAUGAAUGACAGAAUUAAUGGGGAAAGAAGUACUAAGGGAAGCAAAAACUAUUGAACUGGCUACAUUUUGAGAGACUGGGAUAAGAUCUUGUAUUUUGUGGGAUCAGUUCUGGCGUAAGAAUGAACCAUGGUCUCAUCUCAGGACAAAUAAGGUUACAUUCAUGUAAUAUCAACUGGAUAGUUGCGUAAGAAGAACAACCUAGUUACAGGCCUACAAUAUAGUCAGAUGGUUUAUGAUACAUUUGAGGUACAGUAAUACGACUGAUUAUAUAGUGAAAUGUGACGCACACAUAGGUUGUCACAGUUUUUGUGCUGUAACACAUUAUUUCCAUGUUUUUUGUUGACAGAUAUUUAUCCAUCUACUUGGUUGAUAUUAUAUUAUUAUUUUCUAGCGUAUGAAUUUCACUGUCUCAUUUUCUUUCUCCAAACGAUAGAAGUGUGAAGUUCCUCACUUACUUUUAGUGUCCUUGUCUUCCUCUAACAGCUAAAGUCUACCCCCCCCACACUGGGUACGAGGCUUAUACGAUGUCAUUUUGGCGUCUUUCAGUGACACACAGAGCAUUCCUUCCACCUCUAGCUUUUUUUUCAUAGUGGGUCCAACAUCCAGAGACUUUCCAGUCCUACUCUUUUACAGUCCCACUGGGGAGAGGUGACGCACACCAGACAGGACCUUGUGCCCGCGCACAACACGUACAGGUGUUAAAGGCCUGGAGGGGAGAGGUGUAUGUUCUCAGUGCAGCCCUCGUCACCGUGGAUACAGGAGGGAGGAGAGCCGGAGGAGUCUUAAAAGAACGCAACACCACAGGACAGACGACUUCUCUCCAUCCCCCCCGCACUCUGGAAUUCUUCUAUUGGGUUCCUUUUUAGAUACAUAUUUUUUUACCCCCGUCACUGUUCUCCACUAUGAACACACCAAUGACAACGGCUGCUGUGGCGUUGGCCACCUGCCACACCAACGCCACGAUAUGCUCGGGCACGUCGUGCCUGGUGGCUCCCAGCAACUACAACAAGAUCCUGAGCCUAGUUCUCAGCAUCGUGCUGACCGUCAUGCUGGCCAUGGUCAUGUUCUCCAUGGGCUGCACUGUGGAGGCCGGAAAGCUGUGGGGACACAUCAAGAGACCAUGGGGAAUUUUUAUCGGCUUCUUGUGCCAGUUCGGCAUCAUGCCCUUCGCUGCCUUCGCCCUGUCGCUGGCCUUCAAUGUGCUGCCCGUGCAGGCCGUCGUCAUCAUCAUCAUGGGCUGCUGUCCCGGUGGCUCCAGCUCUAAUAUCAUUGCCUACUGGCUGGAUGGAGACAUGGACCUCAGUAUCAGCAUGACAGCCUGCUCCUCUAUCCUGGCCCUGGGGAUGAUGCCUCUGUGUCUGCUCAUCUACACGUCUGUCUGGACCUCUGCUGACACCAUCCAGAUCCCCUACCAAAGCAUAGGUAUCACCUUGGUGUCCCUCCUGAUCCCCGUCGCCCUGGGAAUCUACGUCAAAAACAAGUGGCCUGAAACAGCCAAAAAGAUCCUCAAGGUGGGUUCCAUAGUUGGCCUCCUCCUCAUCAUCAUAAUUGCGGUGGUAGGUGGGGUGCUGUACCAGUCCUCCUGGACCAUCUCUCCCUCUCUCUGGAUCAUCGGAGCCAUCUACCCCUUCGUAGGCUUCACCCUGGGCUUCUUCAUGGCUCGCUUUGUAGGACAACCCUGGCACAAGUGUCGUACCAUCGCCCUGGAGACAGGCUUCCAGAACUCCCAGUUGUGCAGCACCAUCGUCCAGCUGUCGUUCUCCCCUGAAGAGCUGGAGGUCAUGUUCGCCUUCCCGCUCAUCUACAGCAUCUUCCAACUGGUGGUGGCUGUCAUGUCUGUUGGAGCUUACCAGAUGUAUAAGUGGAAGUGUGGAGGCGGUUCGUCUGAGUUAGACAGCGAGGGAGCAGAGGGGGACGCUGAGGCACCUAAGGAUAAGCAGGAGUACGCCCUGGAAAAUGGAGGCUUUGAGUGCGACGAGAAUGGCAACAACGGAGAAAAGGGCAAGAUCACCCAGAUGUGAGCACGGACAGGCCGCGGGACUCUUUGACAGUUAGCAGCACGCAGCGACCUGGGUGCAAUACCGUACCUACAUCCUUCCCACUCAAUCACACCAUACACACACACUGACCUUGACAGGCUGAAAUUGUGCAUUAUAGGGUCCUGCCAUUUAAAAAGUGAGGUAUUCUCAACAUGGGAGAGGUUUCUGUGAAGCUUUACUUCAAUAACAAAAAAAACAAAAUCUUCAGGGGUAGGAAACCAUCUCAGAUCCUGAAUGAAGUCUGAGUUCUCCUGUACCUCACUUUUUUUAUUUUUUUACAACAGUGUAUACCUGCAGAGACCUCGUGGAGGCCAGCAGCGUGGUAGUGACUGAGGUGAGGUAUUGUGAGAUUUGUUGAGUGGUGAGGGUUUACAUCCUCUCUAGCUCCACAAGAGACAGAGGAAACUGUUCACCGUGAAAAGGUUUCUGUCUAGUCACUCCUGUCAGAACUACAGUAACUUUUUCAAUAUUUAUAUUUGCAAACCAGUCAACCUAAACUAAUUUAUUAGUCCAUGUCGUAGGACUCAUGACACACACACACACCAGCAUUAAGACAUUAUAUUGAAUUUUAAAUGGACCCCUCCAGGAUAUUUUACGCAUGCCUCAUUAUUUUAUAAUUUGUAUGUUAAAGCAACAAACAAAAAAAUACAUUACAAGUCUUCAUUUAGUUUUACAUUAUUAGACAGUACAUUUGAACCAUAUUUAUGAAUGUACUGUCUUUGUAUACAUUUAGAUUUACAUAGAUGAAUAGCCUAAACAGACUAUACCAAACAUCAAGAACCCCUUCCUAAUAUUGAGUUGCACCCCCUUUUGUCUUCAGAACAGCUUCAAUUUGUCGUAGCAUGGACUACAAGGUGUAGAUGCUGGUCCA